AUACUGGUGGCUGACUGAGAGUUUAUGCAAUUGUCCAAUGUGGCUAUCCGGUGUUCUUCUCCUGAUAUGCCACUAUCAGAUGGUCUCCACUUCGAAGACCAUCAUGACAAACGAGAUUUCAAUGCCAUCACUUGGUCAUAAAGAGGCAGUUGCGACAUUCCAAAGACUUCAACCUACAAACGACAUUUCAACAAGAUAUCGGUCUGCAAGAUUUGAACGCUUGAGAGGGGUUCCUGACACCAUUCAACCAAUAUUCGUGAAACCCGCUGAAAUUGAAUCAGAGGAGUCACUUAUACCAACUACUCCAGCUGCACCAAUACAAGUUGUUCCAUCUUCUGAAACGGUGUCUGAAAUUUCAUCAGAGUUUGCUCCAGCUUCAAAUGAGUCCCCAUCAGCGCUCUCGUUCACAGAGUUCAAUAUUGAAUCUAUGCCAAUAAUCAAGGAGACUGAUUCUCCAUCAUCUUUCGACGAAAAAUCGAACAUCGGACUAACUUCGUCAUCUGUAGCUCCGACUUCGCCAGAAGUGCCUGUGACAACAUCCGAAUCGACUACUCCCGAACAUGCAAUCACUUCCGAAGCCCCUGAGCCAAUUUCUGAAGUGUCAAAAGCAACUCCCCUAGAGCAUCACUACGCAGAAGAGCGUGUCUAUCCAACAAUGGGCUCUGUUCAAGCUCCUAUUGAAUUUGUUGAAGUUUUGCCAAGCCAACAGACUGAAGUGGCAUCUACCAGUAUUGCCGAAACAGAAGAACCAACAACUACAGCUAAAACGCCCAAGAAACGCCGUCAUAGACGAAAGCAUCGAAAGCUGAAAAAAGUCACAAAAGUCACCGAGGCUCCAGCAGAAGUCACAGUACCCACGGAAAUUGUUACUGAGCCAACAACUGAAUCCGCAACAACUCCCACUACUACCACAACAAUUUCCACCACCCCAUUAGUCACAACUACACCACCAACAGCUCAAUCUGCAAUUGUAAUUAAAACAUUGCCGACUACAGUUGCUCCAAGCAAAGUGGGCGAGUCUUAUCUCGGUGGAUGGAAUGAAGACGAAGCUGUAGUGGUCACAACAUCAAAACCGUCUCUUGGAUAUGCAAUCAGCCAAUUCACACAGCUGCCUGAAUCAAUUGCUAUCGACGACGACAAGUCAAUUAAAGCGUACUAUGAAAAAUAUUACGCUGAGUGGUAUCAAAAACACAAUCAAGCUGCCGGCACCCCAGAGGCAUCAGCCGCAACAGUUCCUCGAGAAAUAAAAAUAGAACUGGCUAAGCCAAACACAGCUUCUUUUGGAUCAGCGACAUUGCAACCCACUGGAAUUUCUUCACCGUCCGCUGCAGCCGUAGAGCCGACAAAAGAACAACUGGACAAAGUUUGCGAAUACGUGGGCAAAAUAUCCAAAUCAUUUGGAAUCAAAGACCUUGUCGGAUUCGCCAAGAACAAUUGCCCUCUGGUGCAGAGCUUCCAUCCAGCGUCCACCUGCGAGCAAAUCCAGCAUCUGAUGAGUUACUGUGAAACAGGAAUACUUGUAACCAACCAAUGAUCUCAUACAUCUUCCCAAACUGUGUAUUUCUACUUUUGAUGCCAUGUUUUGAUCUUUUUAUUGCUAAAUGUCACCAACUUCCCUGACAAAUGUAUUCUCUACCUUGUCCACAAAUAAUGAGAUUCCAUGACUUUUUUUCUAAUAAAUCUGGAACUGU